CUAUACAGUGCAUACAUAUGGACAUACAUAUGUCUAUAAAGAUGUGCAUACGAGUACAUAACAUUGCAAAUACAAUUUCCGUUAUGUGAGUUAUGCAGUUUAAGAAAAUUCUGUUUGUGUGCGUAAAUAAGCUCUAAAAAUCUUUAUUGUGAUAAUAAAAAUAAUAAUAAUAAAAAUAAUAAAAGGAAAUAGUUGAGAGCUUACAAAUAUUAUUUUCUGAGAGCAAAUGUGUAAAUAAAGUGAGAGGAAAUAAAGUGCAAGUGAAUAGCAUAGAAGCGGGUAAAAGUGCAUAAAUAAAGUGCAAGUGCUCUACGAAGUCUGUGCAUUUUGUAUAAAUCAAAAUUAAGUAUCAGAAAUUAUUGUUGUUGUUAUUGUGGUAAGAAUACGAGAAUAUAAGCGCAUAAGUAGUAAAAGAGCUCUUCAGCAACAUGUUGACAACACAUCAUUUGCCACAUUUACAUCAUCAUCGUGGCAGCACAGCUGUGGAAUUGGAUAAAGUAACAAAUCUGAAUACGCUCAUUGUCGAAAUCAACAGUCAAGUGGUGCUCUUUCGUGAUAUGCUAAUACACGUCGGUCAGGCGAGGGAUUGCCCCGAAUUGCGAGAGAAAAUUCGAAAAUUGCGUCGCACCUGCGUGGAGGCGUGUAAACACACAGGACAGAUAAUUAUGCCGCAGGUGAAAAGCGCUGUCAGCGAAGGAGUACUCACCGAUAAUCCACAUCUUGUGCUGCUCUUCUAUCUGGCGCAACGUUUCCUACAUGAGCUAAUAAAAAGUUAUCGCCUCAUACAGGUGGUGCCAAUGGACAUGUCUGGUUAUUAUGAAAAUCGUGCUGGUCCCUCAAAUCUCGGCAAUGUCAUCAGUCAAAUAUUGCUUUGCAAACAAAUAACACCGGACUUCAAUCAGGAGGAAUUAUGCAGCAUUACAAAGGAUUCACAGGAAAUAGCUGUGCUGCUGGCUGAGAUGCAGGAGUAUAUGCCACAGCACGAUACAUAUCUGGAACGCAGCGCAGCGCUCGAUACGGUGAAAAGUAGUCACAACUUCAUUUGCAAGAAUAUGAGUUUACUCUGUUGUAUGUCACGUCCGAAAUAUCUCUGA